AUAUGAAUGACCUGGCCAUCGGGUUAGCACACGGCGCCGUAGACUCGCUACUGGGACGCCUCACCAGGCUCAUUGAAGACGAGGCAAGGCUGCUGAGAGGCGUCCACAGCGACAUCCAGUACAUCAAGGACGAGAUGGAGAGCGUUUAUGGAUUCCUCCUCAACUCCGUGGAAGGCGACUGCACGGACAGGCAGAUGGAGGUAUGGACGAAGCAGGUUCGGGAAGUCGCCCGCGAAUCCCAAAAUUGCGUCGACAUCUAUGUGCACAAACUCGGUCCCGGUGCCAGUAUACUUGACAGAAGCGUUAUCUUCAAUCAUUUCUGGUCCAUGAGGCUUGACGUUUCUGGUCCCAUUGUCAGGUCGCUGCCGGCUCAACACCGGCUCGCCACAAAGAUCAAGGAGCUCAAAGUAAGGGCUCAAGAGGUGAGCGAAAGGUGGGUUAGGUACGGCAUCCGCGAUCCUACUACUCAGGUGAGGAGGGAAAAUCAACUUCAGGAAGUUGGGGAGGACACCAACGGAAAGGAAGACCCCAGGAGCCUACAUUUGUUAGGCGAAGAUGAGUGCCCAGCUGAGAUUUUGGAGGGUGAUACGAAGAUGCUAGUAUCUUGGUUAAUUGAGCAAGGAGAGGACAUACAACUGGAUAUGCUGGUGGCCAAGCGGUUAACUGGGCCAGAAGAUGAGAUGCCAUUGCAGGAAAUUCCCGUGGAGAAGUGGACUAAAAAAAAGCCAGACUCAGGUUCAGGGAGGUCUAGGCGCAGGAGGAUGAAGAGGAGGCCGGGCUUGGCAACGGCGUCCUCCAAGAGAUGGAUGCUGCGCUCGAGGUCAGUGAAGUCAGCUCAGCUAGAAGACAACAUACCACUGCAUGGUUUUCAGCUGGAGUGUAUUACUGGGUCAAGAGACGAGAUGCCACGACAGGAUAAGCAACUGUUGUGCUUGACUAAGCCAAGAAAAAAAGAAUCUUAUCCCAGAGUCAUCUCCAUUGUGCAGCAGCCAUCAGGUGAUGACAAUCUGAAUCUUGCACGGAAAGUGUAUGAAGACAGUUUGAUAAAGCAGUACUUCGGUUUCAGAUGUUGGGUGAGAGUCGGGGAAACCCAUGCCAAAUGGGUACUCGAGGACAUAAUCAAAGCCGUCUCAUCUCAGCAGAUGGAUCUGAAAGAGUGGCAAGAAACCAGGUAUUUAAUUGUUCUUGAUGAUGUCCGUGAUGAAUCACUAUGCCGCCGAAUUAUAUCCACCUUUCCUCCUACUGCUGCUGGUGCUCAUUCUGUGGUUCUUGUGAUCACCCACUCAUAUGCUCUAGCCCGUUCCUUCUCUCCAAAUAAAGUCUUCCCGCCUCUCGAGCCUCUUGUCAAUUUUUUCUUUGACAAAGCGGUUUCCCUUGUUGAGAAUAAUCCCAAAAAUGAUAUCCUGAAGCCAGUUAUCUGGUCCAUUCUAUCAAAAUGUGUACCCGAUCUCUUGUGUCUCAAGGCAUUCUUACAUGUUCUCUAUGUCAAUCCUAUGAGCAACAUAGAAGAGCUUCAGAGCCUAUGCAACGACCUAACUAGUGACUCUCCUGACAAUAUUCGGCACACCUUAAUGUUCUGGUACAACAGCCUUCCUCUCCAUUACAAGAACUGUUUGAUCUAUCUAUCUAUCUUCCCCCAAAAUGAUGGCGAUCAUAUCAGAAGAACGAGCUUAGUCAGGCGAUGGGCAGCUGAGAACCUGAUCAUUGGCAGAAAUGGGUCAACUGCACAGGAUGAAGCUGAGCAUUGCUUCGAUGUGCUCCUUGCAAAAAGAUUUAUUCUUCGCAGGGACAUCAGUGCUGCAGGAAAGGUCAAGAGCUGCAAAGUAAAUGGUUUAAUAUCAAAGUUCAUCAGUGACAUUGCCAGGGAGGAGAAGUUCGUGGAUGCAGACCUCGAACCGGAUUUCGGUCGACGGAUAUCCAUUCACGAUAGAAGACAACUGCAACAAGUCUUAGGAACUGUUCAUGCAUCUCCUCGCCCCAGCUCCUGUUGGAACAUUCGCAAGCACUCAACUAAUAGUGAAGAUGGUCAAACCUUGGAUGACCUUACCAAGUUCCUUGAAACACUGCCUUCAUUUGCUGGGCUGGGGUUGCUUAGAGUGCUGGAUCUCGAGGACUUCGAUGGUUUGAAGGAUCAUCAUGUGGACAACAUCUGCGAGAUAUUUCAGCUAAGAUAUCUGAACCUUCGGAGGACUAAGAUUACCAAAUUGCCCAAGAAGAUAGAGUAUCUUCAACAGUUGGAAACACUGGACAUUCGGGAAACAGCUGUAACAUCAUUUGCUACAAAGGCUGUAGUGCUUCCAAUGCUAAAGAACAUGCUUGCUGGGUGCACCCAACACCCAAACGAAGACAUAGAGUCAUUUUCCACGGUGUGCAUGCCUCGUGGAAUUGAUAAGGCGACAAAUCUGCAGAUACUGUGCCAUGUUGAUGUUUCUGGCAAAGAAGACCGGCUGACUGAGAUUGGGAAGCUACUGCAGCUUAGAAAGUUAGGUGUUGUCCUCCAGAGCAACGGAGAGAAUUUCAAGCACUUGCUCCAGGCAAUCGAGAGGCUGAACCAGAGCCUCCGCUCUCUCUCACUCCGUGUGGAAAGAACAGAUGACCAUGAGAUUAUAGACAUUAAUGCAGCAGAGCCUAUAGCAUUCUCACCUCCAAAGCAUCUUCAAAGCCUAAACCUUUGUGGCAUCAGGGGAGGAUUGCCUCGUUGGAUCAGGGAGCUCCACAAACUCGCAAAGUUAACUCUGUGUGACACUCAUUUGGGAGAAGAAGACAUGGUACCCCUUGGCGAGCUCAGUGGGUUGCGCUGUCUCAGGCUCCGGCACAAGUCAUAUGUCCAAACCAAGUUGACUCUUGAGGAAGGAGCAUUCAAAAAUCUUGAGUUUAUUCUCAUAGAAGGAGCAGACAUUACAGACAUCAGCUUCCACGUGACCCCCAAGAUUGAGAAGAUUGUCUGGAACUUCAGAGAGAUGAAAUCAAUUCACGGAGUCAGCCGCCUUCCACGCCUCAAACGUCUUGAGCUUAUUGGUAACUGCGACCCAACUGCUAUCAAAGAAGCACUUUCUGGACACCCAAACGGACCUGCAGUAACUCACAAUGGACAGGAAAUAAACGGUGCUGGUGAAGAUGAGUAGAGCCACUUGAGAGUGCGAUUCUUGGAGAAGGCUGCUCGUCGGGAAUCAUCUGAUUGCAUUAUGCGUGUGUGUGUGCUUACUUUUCAUGUGUGCUGUUUCAGAAUAAACUUGUAAUGGUUUGCCUCUUAAAUUUCCGUUGCCAACUUUUCAUGGUUUGAUUUGCUGUAUCUUUUAAUAAGUGAGAUAUUUAUUAAGACGAACACCCGGUGUAUGUAUCAGAUUGAUAUUUAUGUAUGGAUUGCCGCAGUUUCCCUUA